GAUGAUUGUACCUUUUUGCCACCGACCAAUCUUCCGGCGAUAGCAUUUCGAAACCAGGGACUUAAGUCGGUUAUCGAAGCCGCUUUGAAUGAAACCGAAGGAGUCGCCUUCAGAUGGGACGCUUAUUAGAGACACAAUUUUGCACCUGAGCCCUCUGGAUUACAACGCUUGCCUACACUUGUGGUUUCCAGACCUCUGGAACUCCUUGACAAUGACUAAAUCGUUCACGGGAAACGUGAUGCCAGCCACGCAGAGCCACCCGAGUUGGACCGACGACUGCCUCGGCUCUCCAGACGCACGCGAAGCCGACCAGAAAGACGAGGAGAGCGAAGCCAUGCACCUGUCCGCCAAGGAGGACGAGGAUGGACUCGGGAAGGACCAGGUGGCGGGUGAGGUCGAGGAGGGGGAGGAUGAGGAGGAGGAGGAGGAGGUGAUAGAGGAGGACGAGGAGGAGGAGGAAGACGACGAGGACGAGGACGACGACGAGGAGGAGGGCGAGGAGGAGGAAGGGGAAGAUGAAAACCAGAAACCCAAGAGGCGAGGACCCAAGAAAAAGAAGAUGACUAAAGCCAGGGUGGAGAGGUUUAAAAUGAGGAGGAUGAAAGCCAACGCCAGGGAGAGGAACCGCAUGCACGGCUUGAACGCCGCCCUGGACAACCUGCGCAAAGUGGUGCCCUGCUACUCCAAGACCCAGAAGCUCUCCAAGAUCGAGACGCUCCGACUGGCCAAGAACUACAUCUGGGCUCUGUCGGAGAUCCUGCGCUCGGGCAAGAGCCCGGACCUGGUGUCAUUCGUCCAGACGCUUUGCAAAGGCUUGUCCCAGCCCACCACCAACCUGGUGGCCGGCUGCCUCCAGCUGAACCCGCGCACUUUCCUCCCGGAGCAGAACCAGGACCUGCCGCACCUGCCGGCGGCCAGCGCUUCCUUCCCGGUGCUGCCUUACGCCUACCAGUCGCCCGGUCUUCCCAGCCCGCCUUACGGGACCAUGGACAGCUCCCACAUCUUCCACGUCAAGCCGCACAGCUACGCGGCAGCUCUGGAGCCCUUCUUCGAGAGCGCCCUUACCGACUGCACCAACACCACCAACCCGUCCUUCGACGGACCCCUGAGCCCGCCCCUGAGCAUCAAUGGGAACUUCUCCUUCAAACACGAGCCGUCUCAGGAGUUCGACAAGAACUAUAGCUUCACCAUGCACUACCCAGCCGCCUCUCUGGCCGGUUCCCAGGGCCACGGUUCCAUGUUUGCCACCCCUACAAACCCUCGGUGCGAGAUCCCCAUAGACAACAUUAUGUCCUUUGAUUCCCACUCGCAUCACGAGCGAGUCCUGAGCCAUGCCCAGCUCAGUGCCAUCUUCCACGAUUAAAAGAAUGAAAGAAAACAAAAGAAACAGCAACAACACACAAAAAAAAACACUUCUUGGAAGCCCAGGAUAACCGACGGAGUUCUCGUCAAGGAAACCGAUUCCCUCGUCCUUGCUUUCCUCGGAAUCGCUUGUUUACACGCUGCAGCGUUAUUUGUAUCGCCGCUGCCACUCGCAAGUGUUUCACGCUUAAACCCUAGUCAGUUGUAUUUAUUAUUGUUACUGCCUUUAGGAGAAACGGGGCUGGACGAGUUCCUGUUGACCUUUCUACAAUACUCUACUAGCGCUUCUCUCUGCGGGCUACAUAAGAAAGUCGAUGUAGCGAUGUAUUCAGAUAAUGGUAAUUACUGAUCCACACGACAAAAUCACGAGCAAUAAUUAGGAAUCUAUGCAAUUUUUAAACUAAUAAUGGGCCAAUUUAAAAAUAUAUUUUUCAACCAACAUUUUACUACUAUUACCUUUCCCAUGCUGAAUUAUUUUGUUGUGAUUUUUGUACAGAAUUUUUAAUGAACUUUUUAUAAGGUCGAUUUCCUAUUUUAGCCAUGCAGCUCCAUCACUGUUUUUUAUAUAUAUAUAUAAAAAAAAGUAGGAUUAUCUAUGAUUUAUACAAGAAUAAUUUAACUAGUUUUUAACCAGCAGGAAAAGUGCUUAGAAUAAUAUUCUGUUGCCUUAGCACUUCUUUCCUAUAUAUAAAAAAAAUCAUGCAAGGUUGCACAAUCUUGACAAAUUAUUUCCCCACUUCAGUCUUUUUCUGGUAUGAAAACAACCCACUAAACAAGCAGGGUGCAAAUCGAAAACAAAUAAAAGUCUUGUCUUUAGCCUAUCAUAUCAAAAAAGGAUUUAACAGUUGCACAAAACAUGUAUAUAGGAAUCCAAUGCCAAUUUUCAGUUCCUUAAGACGGUUGCUUGACUAUCACAAACCAUUUGCACUGUUAUUUAUGAAAAACAACGCGCUCAUCAAAAUUCGUAUAAUACUAUUGGAACAGCGAGGAUAAUUUGACUCCCAAACCAGCGAAGGAACAGUUUGUUCCAUGUAUCAGCUAAAUGACUUCACACAACACACACACACAUACAUACAUACACGCACCCAGUGUCUUAUCAUAUCUGAGAGUUAAACUACAGCUAUAAUCAGGCUUAUUAAUGUUGGGCUAUAUAUUAGUUACUUAGUACAGUAGUUAAAAUCUCACAUUUAUUCCGUACUUAGAACAAUAGAUAUUGCAUGUACAAUGCAGUCCAGAUGAAGUGCUGUUAAAGUGUAAUGCUGGUUCAACUGGAAGAAAUUGGUACUGUAAUUUUGUUUGUAACCCUGUAUAUUAAUGAUGUAAUGCCACAAAACAUUUGGGGGAAUGAGACUCAGACCCAUCCAGUCAUUUAUUGAAAUAGUAUUGCUCACCUUUGUCAAAUGUUGCAUUUUCAUUGAAUGUGAUUUUUUUUUUCUUAGUGGAUGUAAUUCCUAUGGGAUUAUUGUUUUACUCCGGUAGCUCAUGAAAAAAGGUGCAGAAAAAAAUAUUAUUUGUAGAAUAAAAGUUGAUU